AUGGUACGGUAUAAUCUAGUAGAACUUAGCGAUAAAAGCACGCCGAUAAACGAUCCAGAUUCAAAAGUCAAAAUCAUUGAUGUUUGGAAACAUAAUUUGGACAGGGAAAUGCUAAAGAUUAUUAACCUUGUCGAAAAGUAUCCCUGCAUCGCAAUGGACACCGAGUUUCCUGGUGUUGUGGCAAAACCAACUGGUAAUUUCCGUACACCAUCAGAAUAUCACUACCAAACUCUGAAAUGUAAUGUGAACUUGUUGAAAGUGAUUCAGAUUGGAUUGACCUUUACCGACACUGAAGGAAAUAUACCUGAGGAUGGGCAAUGUGUUUGGCAAUUUAAUUUCAAGUUUAAUUUGAAGGAAGACAUGUAUGCUCAAGAUUCGAUUGACCUUUUAGCUGACAGUGGUAUAAAAUUUUCAAAUCAUGAAAAAGAAGGAAUUGAUGUUGAAACGUUUGGAGAAAAACUAAUUUCAUCUGGUAUUGUACUUUCCGAUGAGGUGAAAUGGAUCUCUUUUCACAGCGCCUAUGACUUUGGAUAUCUGAUAAAGCUCUUAACUAAUGAGGUCCUUCCUGAAGCGGAAUCAGAGUUCUUUGAACUAUUACAUACAUUUUUCCCUUGUCUCUAUGACAUCAAGUAUCUGAUGAGGAGCUGUGAUACUCUAAAAGGAGGCUUAAAUCAGUUGGCUGAGGAUUUGGGAAUAAGGAGAAUAGGGCCAGCCCACCAGGCAGGUUCUGACAGCUUAUUAACAAGCGCGACCUUUUUCAAAAUGAUGAAAGUUUUCUUUGAGAAUAACAUGAACGAUAAGAAAUAUAUAGGUGUUUUGUAUGGAUUAGGAGAAGGUUUCGAUUCUACUCAUGGAGGUUUGGGCUAUAAGAACUCUAGUACAAAACGAGUCGGCAACGUACAGAAUGUUCAACACAAUAUUCAGUCAAUCAGUAACUCGAACGCAGAAAUUGCAACAGACUACACGUAG